AUGGAGAGAAGAGUCCAUUGUCUUGAAGAGGAACAAGAGAAACAUCUCAAGAGUGCCCAAGAUAUUGUUAUCAACAUUAGAGAAUUGGUCAAUGAAGUUUCAAACUUAACAAAGGACCAUGAGUCCAAGCAUGGAGUUUUAUUCAACAAGGAUUUAAACACAAGUAUGCGUGUGCAGAAGCUUGAGAACCGAGCCUAUGAAGCUGAGAGGAAGAUGUUUGGUCUCGACUUUGAACAAAAACAAUUUGGAGAAGUCUUAUCCGAAAAGUCUACAAUCACAAAGGAGAGCCACAAGUUUCUUAAGGAGAUUGAGUCGGAAAUAAAAGAGAAGAACCAAGACCUUGCUGCUAAGAUUGAGGAUCUGACCUCAUGUGUUGGUUUUUGUUUCAAGGAAGAUGCAUUUAAAGAUAUAUCAAACACAAUUCAAAUGAGCUUAGCCUUGUUCAUAUUCGAUGUCAAGCAACCAAUGGAAGUACAAACGGGGACGUUGCCUGAUGGAUUGGAAGUUGCAGUGAAGAGGUUAUCAAGAACAUCAGAACAAGGUGCACAAGAGUUCAAGAAUGAGGUUGUUCUUGUCGCAAAACUUCAACACAGGAAUCUUGUUAGGCUUCUUGGUUUUUGUUUAGAAGGAGAAGAAAAGAUACUUGUUUACCAGUUUGUUCCCAACAAAAGCCUCGAUUACUUCCUCUUUGACCCUACAAAGAAGGGGCAGUUAGACUGGACAAAAAGGUUAAACAUCAUUGGGGCAAUCACUCAAGGAAUUCUAUAUCUUCAUCAAGAUUCACGGCUCACAAUCAUACACCGUGAUCUCAAAGCUAGUACCAUUCUUUUAGAUGAAAAUAUGAACCCUAAGAUUGCUGAUUUUGGCAUGGCAAGGAUCUUUGGGAUGGACCAAACUAGAGCUAGCACAAGCAGAAUAGCUGGAACUUACGGUUACAUGUCACCAGAAUAUGUGAUGCAUGGCCAAUUCUCAAUGAAAUCUGAUGUCUAUAGCUUUGGAGUCUUAGUUCUUGAGAUUAUAUGCGGCAGGAAGAAUAGUAGCUUCCACAGUUCACGCACUACGGUUGAGAAAAUUGUCACAUAUGCUUGGAGGUUGUGGGAAAAUGUGACACCAUUAGAGCUCGUAGAUCCAACCAUUUCAGAGAAUUGUCAAACCGAAGAAGUGACAAGAUGCAUCCACAUCGUUCUCCUGUGUGUUCAAGAUGUUCCCACAGAUCGUCCCAGCUUGUCGACAAUCAACCUAAUGCUCACUAGACUUUUGACUCUCGUCUUACGACCGUAUAUGCAGGUUUAG